UCCCCCUCUGCCUUGAUUAUAUAUUUUCUCAGCACACCAGUAAUCUGACGUUGCUCAUGUUAAAGUGUUUGGUUCUCUCUGCUGGGGAUCCUGAAUAGUGAGAGGUGCUUAAUAAUUAAUGUGCACUGGAUGCAGAAGCGAGAAGCCAGAGACAAACAGUAUACACUGCAACUGGGACACAUCCGCUCCCUGGACUGAUCGUGCGUCCUGCCCAGAGGGUCCCAGGCCAUCGUGUAAUGUCCCAGACCCCAGAGGGGCCAAGCCGCCAUGCCAAGAUGAUAGAAGAGUACUGGAGAAUGAGGCCCCCUGUUCCACCACAGUGCAGGAUGUCCCAAGAGCUGUGGAUGUGGGCUAAAUGCCAGGUACUUGCCUCUCUGCGUCUGCCAUUUGGCAUAGGAACUGUAGUGCCCACCUUAAAGAAAGCUUCAGCAAUGAGUAAGGAAGGCUCAUUGGACUCUGUAUCUACUUCUUCUGCCUCCAAGCUUAACCCACCAUUCAAACCUGACAACCCGAUGAAAUCUUCCCGCACUCACCAGGAAUUGCACAGAGAGCUGCUGGUAACUUACAAGAAAGGCCUUGUGCUGCAUAGUAAGCCUGAACUGCUUCAGGUUCUGGAGAAAAGAAGACUCCAUUGGAAGGAUGGGCAGAACCCUGAGUUACACUGCACCCCCCUAGAGCGCGAACUGCAGAAAUGGCAGCAGCGGCGAGAGGAGGUAUCAACUAAAGAACAGAAAUCAGUCAAGAAUGAUUUGUCUGGCGUCCACGAGUUUCUGCGUGUGAGGGACAAUCUCCGCAAAUCCACCCCAGGGAAUCUGCAGAGCCCCCCAGAAUCAGUAAGCUGAGCACGCAAUCAUCCCUUCCCACAUAAUAUGAACUAACCUUCCUUGGACACAUGGAGCAGGCUCUUCUGUGUGACAAAGAGGAGAAAUGGGACUGGAGCCCUUGCAGCCGCUUCGCUAACAGGAUGGACACAUUAAUUCUGUGCAACCUCUUUUUUGGCCACAAAUGCUGUAACUUUUCAUCCUCCAUGUUAUGUCUGUACCGUUAUAUGUAAAAUCACCUCUGUGUAUAUCACUUCCUCCUUGCUCCAUUAUCUCUGUGCAUAAUUGCUUCCUAGGAUACAAUUUAGGCCUAUAUGAAUUAACCCUACCUAGCAACUUCCCUUUGAUUCCAGUCUUUCUCCAAACCCCACCCUCAGCAUGUAGCCAGGUACCCAGCGAUUCUGUAUUCAGGUGCAAUUCUAAUUCUUUAAUUGUUUUUCUUUUAUUAAAUUGUUUGUUUGUCUUUAACCCUUCCUUCACAGGUAAUUCCUGUAUAGAAGCUUUUUCUCACUGGCAUAUAUGAGCAUAAAUCUGUAAGUUUUUACAUUUAAUAAAAAAAGCCCUAGUGUCAUGGUUCUGGUAGAAUGCAUACAGAAAGGAAGAGAGUAAAGGAAACAUUACCCUGUCUUUGAACUAGAUUGCUGCUAUUUUGAUAUAAAUGUUCUGUAAAACAUAUGGACAGUCUUAUUCAUUUGCACAAUAGUAUUUAUUUCUAUGCUACAGCGAUGUAAUAUUAACCUAACUCAUACACUUAUGAAACAGUGACCUCUGGUGGGCAAGUUUUCAUGAACAUUAAGAGACAGGAAUGAUAAAAUAUUUUGUCUGUGACUUUUGAAUGUAACUUUAUGUGACUGCUGAUUAUAGGGGAACUCUUGUUUUUCAGCAAGAAAAUCCACACAAUGUUAAAAGUGAAUGUUAACAUUUUCCAAAAUCAUAACUCAUGAGUUAAUAUACUAUUCAUUGCGUGCAGCUCAAGAGGCAAUCCCACAAGUGUAGGGGGUGCCAUUUGUCCGAAGUAGAUUUUGUCUACAAAAAUACAUUCUGUAUACAAAGAACAAUCCCAGUACACAGAAUAAA